UGACAGAAUUUGUAUUUUUGGGUCAACUAUCCCUUUAAGCACAUCAACCAACAUUAGAUACAUCGCUUUAAAUGUAAAUGUAGUUGUCAAUGGAACUGAAAUAUAAACAGCUAAUUUAUUUUCAUAACCUCUCAUUUUGUUUCUGAAUCUCAUCUCCAUGACAGUGAUCCCCGCUCAUAAUGAACAGGUCUGUAGCACAUGGGGUAACUUUCACUUCAAGACUUUCGAUGGAGACUUUUUCCAGCUGCCAUCCACGUGUAAUUAUAUCCUCACUGCAAUGUGUGGAAGCACCUACGAGGACUUUAACAUUCAGAUACGCCGACAUGUGGUACAACAUCAACCAACCAUCACUAGCAUUACCAUGAUGUUGGACGGCACCGUGGUGGAUUUCACUAACAGCUCCAUUAGUGUAGAUGGACAGCUGGUCACUUUACCCUUCAGUCAGUCAGGAGUACUGAUCGAUAAAAGUUUCACCUACAUCAAAAUCACAGCUAAGUUCGGACUGGUGGCCAUGUGGAAUGGACACGACUCUUUUAUGGUGGAAUUGGACAAGAAAUACCAACAUAAGACCUGUGGUUUAUGUGGAGACUUUAAUGGCAUCCAGAUGUACAAUGAGUUCAUGGAUAACGGUGUUAAGAUGUCUCUAGAUGACUACGCACACUCGGCAAAAAUGGAUGGCCCAACAGAAAUCUGUACAGACAAAAUCCCUUCAACAGAUGAGUCCUGUGAGAACCCGACAUCAGUAUGUGAGCAGUUACUCUCUGGUCCGUCUUUCAUCGGCUGUACGGAUCUCGUAGCUCUCGACUCUUUUAUCAAGGCCUGUGAAUCAGAUAUGUGUCAGUGUACAAACAGCAGCGGAUCAUUCUGUAUCUGCAGUAUCAUCUCUGAAUAUUCACGACAGUGUGUUCACGCCGGUGGAAAGCCCGACACGUGGAGGACUGAACAAUUCUGUGGUAAAUCAUGUCCAUAUCACAAUAUGGUGUACCAGGAAUGUGGGAAUCCUUGUGUCAACACUUGUUCAAACCCUGACCGAGGUCUUAUUUGUGAGGAACAUUGUAUCGAUGGCUGUUUCUGCCCUGAAGGUUAUGUGUUUGAUGACAUCACUGAUAAAGGUUGUAUCGCCAAACAUCAGUGUCCCUGCGUACACAAUGGAAAAAUAUACCAACCUGGACAGACAUACAAAAGCAACUGUAAAGAAUGCACUUGUGUCAAUGAUAAGUGGAGCUGUAUGGAGAAAGAUUGUCCAGGGAUUUGUUUGGUAAAGGGCGGCUCACAUAUAACCACAUACGAUGGCCGAACGUACAGUUUUCAUGGAGACUGUACUUAUGUACUUAUGAAGCACGCAGAGUUUGCUGUUUUGGGAGAUUUAAUGAAAUGUGGCACCACUGAGACUGAAACAUGUUUGAAGACGGUAACUCUGUUCCUGUCACAGGGAAACACAAUCUUCAGUAUUCAGUCUGACGGAAAGCUGUUUGUUAACCGAAUAUUCACGUCGCUUCCUCUCUCCACAGCGGGUGUGAUGAUUUUCAAGCCCACCUCAUUCUUCAUCAUCGUUCAAACAUCUUUUGGGCUUCAGCUGGAGAUUCAACUCGUACCAAUAAUGCAGCUCUACAUUAAAGCUGAUGUGAGUCACAAACAGAAAACUAACGGUUUAUGUGGUAAUUAUAACAGCGUUCAGUCGGAUGACUUCAUCACUGUUAGCGGCUCUCUGGAGGGCACGGGUGCAGGUUUCGCCAACGGCUGGAAAAUACGAGCAAACUGUCCUGACGUUCAGAGCAACUUUGAGGAUCCUUGCAGACUCAGUUUGAGAAAUGAGAGAUACGCUCAGAAAUGGUGCUCUCUGCUGUCAGACCCAAAUGGGGUUUUUGCUCCAUGCCACAAAGAGAUCAGCCCUGAUGUCUAUCAAAAAACCUGCAUUUAUGACGCCUGCAAUUGUGAGAAUAGUGAGGAGUGCAUGUGUGCUGCUCUCUCUUCAUAUGUACAUGCAUGUGCUGCUAAAGGGAUUUUUCUACAUGACUGGAGAAACGCUGUAUGUGGGACGUUUUCAGCCAGCUGCCCCAGCACUAUGAUUUAUUCAUACGGAGUUCAAAACAACAGUCGCUCCUGCCAUUGCCAUAGUGAGCCAGACUUCACGUGUGCCGCUGAAUUUGAUCCAGUAGACGGUUGUGUCUGUCCUGAGGGAACGUUUCUGAAUGAAGAAGGAAAGUGUGUUCCUCCAAACAACUGUUCCUGUUAUAAUAAAGGCACCAUGAUUCCUCCGGGUGACGUUAUCAUCAAAGAUGGCAGAAAGUGCACUUGCAAGGAGGGAAAACUCAGUUGUGUUGGGCAGAAAAUGAAACAGCUAUCUUGCCCAAAUCCAAUGACGUACUUUAACUGCACAAGUGCUGCUCCUGGAUCUACAGGCUUGGAGUGCCAGAAAAGUUGCAACACUGUUGAAAUGACAUGUAUUAGCACAGAGUGCAUAUCCGGCUGCAUGUGUCCACCUGGACUGCUGUCAGAUGGUAGUGGUGGUUGCAUCAGUGAAGAUCUUUGUCCAUGUGUUCACAAUGGCAAUGCACACCAACCUGGAGAAACAAUCAACGUGGAGUGCAAUACAUGCACUUGUAAGGGCAGAAAAUGGAAGUGUACCAAAAACCAGUGCUAUGGGACGUGCAAAAUUUAUGGCGAUGGUCAUUACAUUACAUUUGAUGGCAAAAGAUACACUUUUGAUGGAAAUUGUGAAUACACAUUAAUAAGAGAUUUUUGCGGUCCUACAAAUGCCACCGGAACCUUCAGGGUUCUCACAGAGAACGUACCGUGUGGAACGACCGGCACCACGUGCUCAAAAGCUGUCAAGAUCUUCCUCGGGAACAAGGAGCUCAAACUGACGGAUGGAGGUUUUGAGGUUCUUCAGAGAGAGUCGGGUGAGGAUAUUCCUUAUCGGAUUCGAGUAAUGGGAAUGUACCUGGUCAUUGAAGCAAAUAAUGGUCUUGUUGUUAUGUGGGACCAGAAGACAAGCAUGUUCAUCAAACUCAGUCCAAAUUUUAAGGGUGCCGUUUGUGGUCUUUGUGGAAAUUAUGAUGGCAAUGCAAACAACGACUUCAUGUUGAGAAAUCAGGAGGUGGUAAUCAAACCCUUGGAAUUUGGAAAUAGUUGGAAAAAAUCCUCCAGCUGUCCGGAUGCUGUUGAAAUCAAAGAUCCCUGCUCGGAUAACCCUAACAGGCAAUCGUGGGCUCAGAUACAAUGUAGCAUCAUCAAAAGUGAAAUUUUUAUUUCGUGUCACGCUCAAGUGGAUCCGUCUCCUUUCUAUGACGCAUGCGUGCGAGACUCAUGUGCUUGUGAUAACGGUGGAGAUUGUGAAUGUUACUGUACGACUGUAGCAGCUUAUGCACAAGCCUGUAAUGAAGCCGGAGCCUGUGUUGACUGGAGAACACCAAAAAUAUGCCCAUUGUUCUGUGAUUAUUACAACCCUCCUGAGGAAUGUGAGUGGCACUAUAAACCUUGUGGAGCUCCUUGUAUGCAGACUUGCAGAAACCCAUCAGGAAAUUGCUCAAGUCAAAUACCAGCACUUGAAGGUUGUUACCCUAAAUGUCCCCCUGGACAGUCUUUCUUUGAUGAAGACACAAUGAAAUGUGUAAAAGAGGAGCAGUGUGGCUGCUUUGACGAGCAGGGGAAUCAUUAUCUCAACGAUGAGAGAGUUCCUUCAGAAGAAAACUGUCAAAUAUGCUAUUGCAAAGCCAUGGAAAUCAGCUGCAAAUACGACGUCACUGGUAAUGAAAGAUGUUUACUCUUAUGA